CUGGACUCGGUUCAGUCUGUCGCAACGUUUUCUGCUUUUGUUUGUUUCAGAUCUGAGAUGAAAGGUUCUGCAGCACCAAACCCGAUCUGAGCCAGACCCAGUCCGACCGGAAGAAAAGCGCAUUCAUCCGCAGGGGACCAUCUGGACCCAGGAGGACUGGAGUCUGCCUCAGGUCUGCUUUUGGAUCACAAUCCGGAUCAUGGAUCUGGAUCUGGAUCGGUAGGACGUGGACCAGCCCAGUCUGUUGUGGAAACUAUUUCUGUGUUUUUGUCUUCAUGGAGCUACAAGUGUUUUUUUUUCCCGCCAGCUGAGGCCUUGAUCACCCCCUGAUCAUUAAUCAAUAUCCUGUAUUGAUCGCCUAUUGAUUGGUGUGCGGGAUGGGCGCGCUCGUGCUGCCGCUGCUGCUCGCGCUCUGGACCUGUGCGCCUCACGUUGACGCCAAGAACGCGUUCCCGAUGCGAAACUCCUACAGUCUGUACACCGGCGGGCACGCGCACGGGACCCGCGCCGCCAGCAGACACAGGAACUGGUGUGCAUUUGUUGUGACAAAAACGGUCAGCUGUGUAGUCGAAGAUGGUGUGGAGACGUACGUGAAGCCAGAUUACCAUCCCUGUGCCUGGGGCAGCGGACAGUGCAGCCGGGUGGUGGCCUAUCGCACAUACAUGAGGCCCCGCUACAAAGUGGCUUAUAAAAUGGUGACAGAGAUGGAGUGGAAGUGUUGCCAUGGUUACAGCGGAGAAGACUGCAACGAUGGUCCAAUUGGUGGGACCGGGACCCAUAUUUCUACCACCAGGCCUCAGCCCCGGCCGGGACAGGGAGGUACAGGGGGAGGAGCAACGAACUAUGGAGGAGGAGGAGGAGGGCGAGCUGACAGUGAGAGGGUGAGGCAGCUGGAGGAGAAGAUCCAGACCCUGACCAAGAACCUGCAGGACCUGCAGUCCACCAUAAUCAACAUAAACAAACCAGGCUUUGGUGGCAGUGGCGGUGCCUCAGGAGGAAGAAACCCGGCUGAUGCAGCUCAGCCAGAGAUUAAAGAGACCAUCCACAGCAUCCAGACCAAACUGGACCAGCUGGACAACCGCACACAGGCUCAUGAUAAAACCUUGGUGAGCAUCAACAACCACUUGGUGAACGGAAAAGGUAACGAACUGGACGGGGGUCUGACGGGAGGGGGACUGAACACUUUGAAGGAGGAGAUCCUGAGGGAGCUGGAGAGGAGAGUGUCACUGUCCUGUUCCUCUUGUCAGGCCGGUGUGGAGGAUCUGCGCAGACAGCAGCAGGAGGAUCAAGAAAGGAUCCGUGGUCUGGAAAAACAGCUGAGCGCUAUGGACGUCCGCUAUCGGCAGAGUCUGGACAGCCUGCGGAGGGAGGUGGUGCGGUCACAGGGCUGCUGCGACACCAUCAGGGACCUCCAAAACCGCAUCACAGACGCCGAACGCAAGAUCAGCUCAGCCUCGGAGAAUGUUGAUAAUCUACAAAACCGCCUGGACAAGGAGCUCAGUGGACAAGAAGGAGGCAACAACUACGGCGGGUCCACAGGAGGAGGUCAAGGAGGUUUUGGUGGAGGUCAAGGAGGUUUUGGUGGAGGAUUUGGAGGCGGUGGUAGGGAUCAACCUGUGACGGAGGAUAGACUGGACCGUCGAUUAAAGGACCUUGAGCGACGAGUCAACAACACUGUGCAGAGGACUGAAGAGAGCUGCUCGUACCUGGAGAACGACCUGAAGGACUACUUCCACAGAGAACUGGGGGACCUGAGAUCUGUGUUCCUGGACCGGUUCGAUGACCAGGCCUUCAGGAUCGCUGAUGUGGAGUUGGAUGUGGGGCUGGUGAAGGACAGGGUGAACAACCAAGACAAAAGGCUGUCAAAGGUUGAAAACACUACCUCCAUCCUGAGCCACAGGCUGGAUGAGUGUGGCUGUGGAGGAGGACGAACAGGAGGAGGAGGAGGAGGAGGCACAGGAACAGGAGGAGGAAGAAUAACAGGGACAGGAGGAGGAGGCAGAGGAGGAGCAGGAGGACGAGGAGACGGUGGGUUCGGCGGAGACGGAGGAGGACGGUGGGGAACGGGAGGAGGAGGAGGAGGAGGAAGUACAGGAGGAGGAGGAGGAUUACCUGGGACGGGAGGAGGAAGAGAUAACACAACACAAAAGUCUCUGGAGUGGAGAGUGGUCGCCAAUGAGGACCAGAUCCGACACUUUAACACUCAACUCAAAGAUCUGUCGGUGUCUGGAGACUCUCUGUACGACAAAGUCCUGGACCUGAGCCAUGAUGUCCGUAAGAUCAAGGAUCUGACCGGGGAUCACGGUGAAAACUUCAACCGCAUUGUGACUGAGGUGGAGAUGCUGGGGCACGACUGCGAGGUGUGCGGGCGAGUGGAGGACGAGCUGCGCAAGAUUAAGAACUUUUCCCAGGAUGCACUGGGCCGCAUGCAGAAUCACAUCAACCGAAUCCAGAAUAGACUGGACUCAGAGUCCCGACGGGACAGCUGCGACCAGAUCUGCUUCCAUCUGCAGGACCAGGUCCGGCUGCUCCGAGACGACGUCAGGAGGUGCGCCGGCCAAUGUAAGAUCAGCCCGGACACACCCACAGGUGGUGGAUCUGGUGGCAGUGGUGUGGGCGGUGGUACCAGCGGUGGGACCACCAGUGGAGGGAGGCCAGGGUUAGAUGCAGAGAAGCCCUUAGAUGGCCACAGUGUGAUCGGAGGAUCCAUCAACAACAACCAGCUGAAGACGCUGCAGGGUGAACUGUCAGAGGUCAUCUUGACCUUCAGCUCCAUCAACGACACUCUGAAGGGCCUUGAACACACGGUGCAGAAACAUGGAAGCGUCAUCACCGACCUGGGAAACACUAAGGAUAAGAUCAUCUCAGAGCUGGACAAAAUCCAGCAGGAGGUGACGGAGCACAUUGAAGAGAGCCGGGACCGUUUGGACGGGGUGGACCGAGAUGUUCGACGGUUUGAGAACACAAUGCUGGUGGAGAUGGGAGACUGUAAGAGGUCUGGGGAUGGACUGGAGAAGAGGCUGUCCAAGCUGGAGGGCGUCUGUGGUCGGCUGGACGGCGUCUCCGACUCCAUCCACAAGAUCAAAGAAGGACUAAACCGUCACGUGUCCACUCUGUGGUCAUGUGUCUCAGGUAUGAAUGACACGAUCAUUCGUCAUGGAGGAAUCCUCGACUUUAUUCAGAACAACCAGGAUGACGUCCACACCCGGAUGAAGAACCUGAACUCCAGUCUGAACCAUGUCCUGAAAGACCUGCAGAGCCUGUCAGAGCACGACCUGACCGGCUUACCUGGACCUCCUGGACCUCCAGGAGAGAGGGGCUUCAAUGGGCUGCCAGGUCCCAGGGGACCUCCAGGUUUACCAGGACGACAGGGAGACAGCGGGCCUCGAGGCCUACCAGGUCCCAAAGGUGAAACAGGUUUGCCUGGUAUUGAUGCUCAUGUACCCAAACUGUCCUUCUCUGCUGCCCUCACCGUUCCCAUGGAGAGAGCUGGAACCAUCAUCUUUGACAAGGUCUUCGUCAAUGAAGGAGACUUCUAUGACCCUAGAACAGGCAUUUUCACAGCCCCUGUCGAUGGGCGAUACUUCUUCAGCGCCAUCCUGACGGGCCAUAAGAACGAGAAGAUAGAGGCGGUUCUGUCCAAAUCCAACUAUGGCAUGGCCCGGGUGGACUCCGGGGGCUACCAACCAGAGGGUCUGGAAAACAACCCCGUGGCUGAGGCUAAAACUCCUCCCGGCUCACUGGCCGUCUUCAACAUCAUCCUGCCUCUGCAGAGCCGGGACACGGUCUGCAUCGACCUGGUGAUGGGGAAACUGGCCCACUCUGUGGAGCCGCUCACCAUCUUCAACGGGAUGCUGCUCUACGAAGACAUGUGAUGACUUCACAAGAAACGAAACGACGAGGCCACAGAUCCUGAAUGAACCACUUUAUGAAUCAUGACAAAGCCACAGGAAGCAGGGCCAUUAAAGAAUGAUCCAGAAGUAAUCCGGAAAUACUUCUGUCCUGAACAGACUUAUGCAAAUUAGUUCUACUGCUAAUGAAAUUCACGUCACGCCACGUAUGAAAGACAGAAGGAGUCAGUUUGUUGCUCGACUGUUGUCAUCCAGUCAGCUGAUCAGAUGUGGUGACAUAAUGUGACAAAACCCUUAACCUGACCGCUGACCUGCCUCUAGCGCUUCCACUGAUGCUUGAAACCUUUAAAGGACAUUAGCGGGGCUCCUGUUGUGAACUUUUACAAUAUUAACGUUUACAGACUGAGAGACUUAUCAGCAGAGAGAAGAGGCCACUAAAACCUGAAAGGGGCAGGACUUCGAUCAGGACAGUACCUGAUGGUGUGAACUGUAGAUGCGUUUCCUGUCUCUGGAUCAAAGGACUGGACAGACAGAUCGCGGUUAUUAAGCCCCGCCCCCCAGCAGGUCAGAAUAAAACACACUGUCAUUGCAACAUAUGACAGUGUAAUAUUAAAUAAAAACAAUGAAUGCUUUUUGCUCUGAAGCUUUAUCAAAGCAGAAUGUGUAUUCAGAGAGAUAUGACGUGUUUAAUUUCACAUUGUGAAUGUUUUAUAUAAGCUGCACCUUUAUUGUUUUAAUGGUGAUGUCAUGUCCUGUCUGUUGUUAAUCCAAUUGUCACAAACUUUCAUUUUAAUGGACAAAUGUUAAAGGACGAUGCUGACCAUUUUAUGUAGUUUCAGUAAAUAAAUCCCAUUAACAGAACAGGAAUAACACAAUAAUUUGGCUCAGUUACUCAAGUAAAACACCAGACUGAAAAUACUGCAUUUCAACUGGAAG